ACCGCAGUUUAAAUGAAGCAGUUGUAGUGAGUACACAUAUUCAUCUCUAAGGAAAAAUGGUAGAAAUACAAGGGAAUAAGCUGUUACAAUUACACACAGAUACCGUGGAGUUUGUAAGAAAAAGCAUCAAUUUAGAAAAAGAAGAAGACAGGCGACACGCCAUCGAAAUCUUGAAGAAAUGGGUGGAAAGUCAACCGCACUUCUUGAAGAAGGAUUUUCCUGAUCCCUAUUUGGAGUCAUGUAUAAUAACAUCAAAAGGAUCGAUAGAAAAUGCAAAGAAGCGACUCGACAAAAUGUGCACAGUUAAAACUCUGAUGCCUGAAUUCUUCCAAGAACUAAACCCUAAGAAGGACUUGAACGUAAUGUUUGAAGUUAUAAAUGUAGCAAUCUGUCCAAAAUUAACAAAGGAACAUCAUCGAUUGUUCGUAGCGAAGGCUUUGAAGACACCCACUAAUGCUCAGCAUAUUAGUGUAGUGUAUAGGUUCUGCAUUCUUAUUUCAGAGUACGUAAGGCGGUAUGACUACGUUGAUGGAUUCCGUGUGGUAUAUGACCUGACCGAAGUAGAUUUAGUUAAAUUUGUCUCCAACAUUAAUGUCGUCGAAUUGAGACAAGCUUUCAGUAUUUAUAUGGAUGGCUACGGUAUGAAGGUAAAGGGCAUCCACAUGAUCACACAGUCAAAAGCGAUCGACCUUCUAGUGCAGAUCUUCAAACAGAUACUAAAACCAAAAUUAGCAAGCCGCAUACAUAUUCAUAAGUCUAGUGAUGAAUUGUUUGAUAUUAUUGGAAAAGAUGUGCUACCCGUGGAUUUUGGAGGAUAUGAAAAAUCUAUAAAAGAAUUGCAAGAUGACUGGGUGAACGUUCUAUCGUCGAAAGAUGUCAUGGACUACAUGCGAGAAAUGAGGGGAGCGAAAACUAACGAAAAUCUUCGUCAGAACAAUCGGUUCAACGAAGAGUACGCUGGCAUGCCUGGGACAUUCCGAGUGUUGAGUGUAGAUUAGAAUUUUAUCUCUUAUAUUUUAUUGUGCCCUAGCAUUCCACCCGCGACUUUGCUCCCGUCGUCAAUAACUUAGAAAAUUAUACUAAAAUUAAUGUAUAACAAUAUUAUAAUCUUCAUUGAUAAACACGCUAUCUAUUAAUCCAUAGGUGCAGUACAGUUCUUGAGAUUAUCAUGAAUAGACAGACAAACAGCCAACAGGCACAUGGGACGGAUAACAAUUUUGUUUGAUAAUAUUAUAAUAUGAUACUUAUAAUUUUCACGUUUUUAUAAAUUUGAUUUGUAUAGCUUGGAAAAAUGUAAAAAAUAUAUAUUAUUUAACACGAAACCUUCAGUGCGUGAAGGUGGAAAUUUGGUUUAAUUUGUGUUUAGUUUUUCUUCAAAUUGAAAUAUUAUCUAUUGUUUAUUAUUUCCUUUAUUUUUAUUUUAAAUAUGAUUAAGGAUAAUGAUAAUUUAAAUAAAAACAUAGAAUAGGUUAUGUUAUUUGCAUACAUUUGCAGUUAAUUGGUAUUUUCUGUUGAUAAUAAUGGAUGGAGGGUUUGUAUAUUAUUAUAUUAAAUUAAUUGCAAUGUUAGAACUGAUACAAUUAACAUAAAUUCGUCUUAUUUUU